CUGCAGUGCUGCUUUUAGUGCUGAGAUCCUGAAGAUAUCAGUGCUUCGCGGCCCACAACAAACUCAAGGAGAACAAAGAAGACCGGGACCCCCACUGCGGGGACCCGGAACUGAUCUGCUGCGAUGGCAUCUGAUGACUUUGACAUAGUGAUUGAGGCCAUGCUGGAGGCUCCCUAUAAAAAAGAGGAGGAUGAGCAGCAGAAGGAGCUUAAAAAGGACGGCCCUAGCAAUACCAGCAGCAGCACCGGCAGCAGCGGCAGUGGGAGCAGCACCAGUGGGGAGGCAAGCAAGAAGAAGAGGAGUCGGAGCCAUAGUAAAAGCAGGGAUAGAAAGCGCAGUCGUAGUCGAGACCGGGAUCGACAUAGGCGAAGAAACAGUCGGAGCCGAAGUCGUGAUCGGCAUCGUCAUCGUAGCCGUAGCCGGGAUCGUCGACAUAGUAGUGAGUGCCGAAGUCGAGACCCGCGUCGUGAGAAUCGUGUGUGCUACAGGAGUCCACCACUUGCCACUGGGCGUAGGUUUGGACACAGUAAGAGUCCUCAUUUCAGAGAGAAGAGCCCGGUCAGGGAGCCAGUUGAUAACCUGAGUCCCGAGGAGCGUGAUGCCCGAACAGUUUUCUGUAUGCAGUUAGCUGCCCGCAUUCGGCCACGAGACCUAGAGGACUUUUUCUCUGCUGUUGGCAAGGUUCGUGACGUACGUAUCAUCUCAGAUCGGAACUCCCGUCGUUCUAAGGGCAUUGCCUACGUGGAAUUCUGUGAAAUCCAGUCUGUGCCUCUGGCCAUUGGGUUGACUGGACAGCGGCUGCUUGGGGUGCCUAUCAUUGUACAGGCCUCACAGGCUGAGAAAAACCGUCUAGCAGCCAUGGCCAACAACCUGCAGAAGGGCAGUGGUGGACCAAUGCGUCUCUAUGUGGGCUCCCUGCACUGCAAUAUCACUGAAGACAUGCUCCGGGGCAUCUUUGAGCCUUUUGGCAAAAUUGAUAAUAUCGUCCUGAUGAAGGACUCAGAUACAGGCCGCUCUAAAGGUUAUGGUUUCAUUGUGUUCUCUGACUCUGAGUGUGCUCGACGGGCCCUGGAACAGUUGAAUGGCUUUGAGCUUGCUGGUCGACCUAUGAGGGUUGGCCAUGUGACUGAGCGACUGGAUGGUGGCACAGACAUCACUUUCCCUGAUGGAGGAGACCAGGAGCUGGAUCUGGGAUCAGCAGGUGGACGUUUGCAGCUCAUGGCCAAAUUGGCAGAAGGCUCUGUAAUCCAGCUGCCAACCACAGCUGCUGCCGCUGCCGCCGCUGCUGCUGCUGCCGCCACCACCGCUGCCCAAGCUGCUGCUUUGCAGCUGAAUGGAGCAGUUCCCUUGGGGACCCUAAACCCAGCAGCUCUGACUGCUCUGAGUCCAGCCCUGAACCUUGCCUCUCAGGCAAUUGCCUCCCAAUGCUUCCAGCUUUCCAGCCUUUUUACCCCCCAGACCAUGUGAGUCUCAGGAUCUCGCUCAUUUUAGUCUCUGGUUAUUUUCUUUUGUUUGGCUUCUAUUUACCUCUUCUUGUCCCAGGUAAAUCAGCAGUACGGUACAUUGCCUCCCUCUGCCUCUGGGUCCUGCCGCUCACUUCUUCACAUCUACCCUUCUAUGGCCCCUUCUCUCCUUUUUGUGGACCAAGCCAUCCUGAGGCCAUGGACAUUAACUCUAGGGGAAUUGGGGCCAUUGCCACCCUUAGACACCAAGAAGAGCUCCUCCUGCCCAUGGCCCCACUGUGAAUGGACUCUGAUGAGCAACCACUAGUUGAAGAGGAGAGAAUUAAUGAACACCCGUUUCUCCAUGUAUAUCAUCUCCUGGGAUGAUCUUCAUUGCCCUUCCCAACCACCUCUUAGUGAUUCCUCGAUUCCUCCUCUGUUGAGAAGGCUGUAGGGCAUUAACUGAAGGAACUGACUUUUUCUCCUAUACCUUUACCCUAUACUUUUGUCAAGGAAAACCCUUAAGCUCUGUGGUCCAAGAGGACUUUGGAAUUUAGGGGGCAGUGAACCUUGAAGGUUUUGGCUUGCUGCUGCAAGGGCCCUGGAAGAUAGCUUGGACAUGUAUGUAUAUUGUAAAGCCUGCCUUAGACCUCAGGUUGGGGCCAGAACUACUUUGGGCUCAACCUCUUCCUGGGAGCUGUAGAAAUGAUCUAUACUGCCAGGCAUUUUGUAUGUUUUAGGGGCAUUUAGGAGUUUAGUGAAAGAUGGAGGUAUCUUUCCAGUAUCCUCCAUCUCCCUUUGUAUAGUUAGUUGUCCUUCCUCCCAGGUUCUUCCUUUGGUCCAGGGUGGAAGGAUGUUGGGGAGGCUGCUACUCUCCACCACUUCCCAUGUGCCUCUACUGUGGGCUCCACCCCAGCUGUUAAAGCUGCUCCUCUCUCCUACUUGGGCACACAUGAGCCUUUACUGGAUUUUAUACCCUUACGUCUGUACAUAAAUAUACAUAGAUAUAUAUAUAUAGAUAUAUAUAUAUACUUCGUACAAAAGGCAAGUCUUGCUGUUGUGGCAGCUGCUGCCCGUGUGUGUGGUACCAGUUGUAUGUGAUGUUAACUUCUAAUGAACCAAAACCAUGAGUUGGUUCUAGGGAUAUAAAACAUUUGUAAUGCUAUUGUGUUUUCUUUAUUUAAAUAUCUAACCUUCUUUAGAAAGAAAAAAGGUGCACACCUUUAUACAGAUACACCAUCUGUAUCUGCAUUAUACUCUCUUCCCCAUGAUCUCUUUCAUCUGUCUUCAUCUUAACUAUCUCCAAACCUACCUGCCCACUAUCAGGCUCUCUCUCUGCCUAAGGACAGAUCUUGUCUUUCCACCAGAUGGCAGUGUGACAGUAGCACAUUCUGCACCUUCCUUUGGGUGUUUUAUGAUCUUGAGAGCUUAAGUACCAGAGAAGCCUCCCAAGCUCAACAUUCUUACCAUUGGUCUCCAUACUGCCUUGAGCCUUGUUUGUAGUAGAAAUCCCAGUCCAGUAUCCAAAGGGAUUGAGCAUCAUACAUCAAGAUUCUGCAGGCCUUAAGUCUUCUAUUCUCCCAGCCAUUUCAACUCUUGCUUCCCAUAUAUAGCUCUGCCUGGGACCAGUGAUUUUCCAGGGAGCUGAGUAUUCUAGGAAUGGCCCUACCAAAGGGGAGGCACACCUUCCUUCGUCUGCCUGCUUUGUAAGGCUUAUUGUUAUAAGGCAAUGGAGUCAGAGCCUGGCUCACCAGCUAGAAACCAGCCAAGAGGAGGAGGUCUGAGGUUCAGGGGCAGGGCUGGUGGGGCUCUUUCAUUUUUUACUGGUCUCUAUGGCAACGAAGUGUUAAGACUUUAUUGUCUUGCUAAAAAUAUGGAUAAUUACUGUUAAGUUUUAAUUUGUCAGCUCUCAGACUUCUAAAGCAGAGUGAUAGUUUUUUGGUGAUGUUAUCUUCUGGGGUUGCUUUUAACACUGAAGUAUUAAGUACUCAAAGCCUAUUUGUGGCAUGAAAGACCACUGGGAUUCAGGACUAGCCCUUGAUUCUUUUAGGCUGCUGCACUCUCCUUCCCUUUCUGCUGCUGUUUCUUUUGCUGCCAUCCCCACCCCUUCCCUAGUUUGCUCUCUGGACCUCCAGAAGGGAAGGAGAAUGCAUUAUUUUUAGGUAGGAGCAGCUGGCUGUGGCCCAGUCCCUCUGUAGUUAUUGAUUUGGCUGCUAAUGCAUCCUGAGAAGCACAGUGUGGACCAUUUUUGUAAGUCAUCCUGAAGCUAUGGACCAGGCCUCCUCAUGGCAGUCUUGAACUCCUCCAAACUAUAAAUACCCACAGGCCUCACCUCCCUGCCCUCCUGUGUUGGACCUUCAUCUCUGCUUGGUUUCUUUAUGUCCUAUUUUUACCUACUUGGGGCUUCUUGUACUUUGGCUCCUUUCACCUCAGUUCUUUCUGGCCUCCUCGUCUUCCUCAUACAUCCUCUUGCUGGGAGAGGACAAUGGUGGAAGUGAAGACAGCAUCUCUAGUCUUAACCUAUGUAAGGGAACUGCAUCUACUGGGUGACAGCCGGUGUCUCUGUAUGUGACUCAGUGCCUGUCAUCCUUCUGUUGGGAGUGGUUGGAAUGGAGAAAAGAGGAACAGUAAACAGCUUCUGCACCCACCCUAAGAUAAAAGAAACUUCCCUCAACCUCUCCUGCCUGAGCAUGGUGGCAAGGAGGGGAGAGGUGAGACUGGGACCCAGAUUCUUUCCCAGCAUGGUUGGAAUUUUCCCACCAGUUCUCAGUUCAUAAUGGGAUUUUCACCUGACUUUUGGCUUAUGUAGCCUGUGCAUCAGUCUCUAAGGCAGUGGCAUUUCCUCUCUUUUCUUUAAACUGCUGUGUUCUUGACAUUGGGAUUUCAGAAGUUAUAUUUGGACAGUUAGAAGAGUCUAUCCUGGCUCUGAAAAGUGAGUGGUAUAAUAAUAACAUUUAUGCAGGAUUUGUUGUGGGUUAGGCAUUGUUCUAGUCACAUGUAUUGAAUCAUUUCAUCUUUCACUGACCCUCUGAGGUAGAUUAUUUUAUUGUCUUUACUUUGUAAAUGAGGAAACUUAUACCCAAAAAGGUUAAUAAUGCCCUACAGUUACAAAGUUAGCAAGUUUAGGAUUCCAAUUCAGGCAAUCUAGCUUCAGAUCCCUUGAUUUUAAUCUUAACCUGCCUCAGCACCACUGUGGAAGCUAAGGCCUUGGAGUCAUGGGGAAAUGUCACUUUUUCAGUCUCUAUACCCAUAGUUCUCAGUAUAUCCUGAAUUUUUCCACUUCUGUGUCUGCUCAUUUUGUUCUGUCUUCUGGGCCCUCUUCUGCUGAUCAAAAUCUAGCUCUUUAUGGCUCUGAAAUGUUCCUAGUUGGAGCUGAGUUCCUUUUUCAGUAUUCUUUGUCCCAUUAUAGGUCUUAUUGGCCUUUAUUUACAGUUCUUUGUUUACUCUAUUAAUAGAUGGUUAUGGCCUAAUCACGCCAGGCAUAGACAUGUCCUUUUCGUUAUUGCUUUGCUUUACACAUAGUACAAGUCUGUUGAAUUAAUUCCCUCCCUGUUCAGGUUGGAGCCAGGCUUUCUGAAUCCUGUUCCUUCUAGCCUGCCUUCCCUGGCAGCUUCAUCUAUUCCUUCCUCACCUCUUCAAGAGAAGAGGCAGCUUUACUCUUUUUAGUGUUACCAUGGUAGCCUGUGAUGCUUUCUGUCUAAAAUGCUGCUUGCCAUCCACCAGAGACUGGUGUUUCCGUGGCAACCAGGUGAAGUCAAUAGUCAUGAGCUGGAUUCAGGAAAGGAAUUCUGGUCUGAGAAGCUGUUUGUCUGAAUCUUCUGGCUUCAGUCAUCCUUCUCCUCCUUCCCAGCUUUUGCAGUCUGUAUCCAGAACUGAUUUGCUCUGCUCUUGGUUGAGAGAACUCUGUGUGAGGUGAAGCAGACCAGCCAACUUAGAUCCAUGUGGGAAGGUGGAAACAAGGAAAGAGCUGAUCAAAGAUCACUUUAAAAGUUGGAUGAGUUCUGUUCACUGCCCUAGAUGAUCUGCUCUCAAGAGCCCUUACAGAGUUGGCAGGAGUUACUGGAGAGCCAUUAAGCAGUUAUUUUUGAGGGCAAUGGGUAGAUAUGGAUGAGGUGUCUGAAGACUGGAAAGGAGCCAGUCACUGCUGGAUUGCAAAGAAGGAAACAAUGACCUUGGAAAUCAGAGACUUGUCAGACUCUUGCCAGUGUUCCAGAAAGGAUGGGAGCUGUAAUCAGCUUUCAAGCAUCAUGAUACCUACUUGUUUAGAAUUAGUUUCCUUCUCCCAAUUCCUGGGCCCAACCAAGCCAGGGGACGGCCACCUUGUAGCAGAUUGGUUAUACUCUGGAGCAACACAACAUGGUUCAGAUCUGCUAUCUCAAACCAACUGUGAGCUUGGGUUAGUUACUCUGUUUCUCUAACUCAGACUCCUCAUCUUAAAAAAAAAAAAAGAUAACAAUAGUACCUAUCUCAGGGAUGUGAGGAUUAAAUGAAAUGAUCCCUGUAGAGGGCUUAGAACUUGUUAGCUGGUCAUUACUGCUGCCAUCAGUAUUCCCAUUCCUCUGUAUGCGUACUACACACUUGACUUUCUACCUGACCUUAUUCUCCUCCCCAACUUCAGACAAUGCUCAAGAUUUACAGGGGGAGAAGUAAGAGUGGGGCCAUGAUGAAAAUAAACCUCAAUUGUUCCUGUGCUAGAAAUCCCAGAUUCACAAGGUCCUGGGUCAGGUACAACCAGCCUAGCUUUCAGGAAGACAAAUACCACUGUCCAAUCUUUUUUUAUGCCUGAAACUUUAUAUAAUCAGAUUAUGGCCAGAUGGCUUUGAAAAAUCAAGGUGAGCCCCCCAGGUACCUUCAGGGUACCUAAUACCCUUUGCUUUUUCUGGCACUCAUGGUUAGAGCCCUUUGCUAGUGUCCCACCUAACCUCCCAAGUAUUUCUGUAGCGCCUGCUCUUGGUCUUCAGAACCUAGCCCUACUUGGCAAUUUCCUUUCAGAAUAAGUAUUUUAGCCCUGGCCAGUUUGGUUCAGUGGUUAGAACGUUGGCCCGUAGAUCAAAGAGUUGUGGGUUUGAUUCCGAUUAAGUGUACAUACCUCGAUUGUGUUUCAUCCCUGGCCCUGGUCAGGGUCAUGCAGGAGGUGACCAGUUGAGGUGUCUCUCUCACAUUGAUGUUUCUCUCUUUCUCCCUCCCUCCUCUCCACUCUGUCUAAAGAUAAAUGGGAAAAAUAUCCUCAGGUAAGGAUUAAAAAAAUAAGUCUUAAAUCAUCACAGGUUCUCCACCUAAAGACCAGUUGUCAUUUGGACAAAAAAUGGAAAACUGCAGUACAAUACCAUUACUUAGACUUUAGUUGUCAAAUCUUACCCCUAGUCUUUCCUAAAACAACAAAUCCAGUGAUGGGUCACCUAUGAAUGCUGUGGGAGGCAUGUGGGACCUUACAAACUGCAACUUAAACUUGUAUUCCCAGAGUGGUGCUGUGCUUUGAGAGGUUAGCAAACUGCCAAGUACCUGAAUAAGGGACCAGAACACAGGUGUCAGAAAUAUGGCUUCUGCCCGGCCGGUGUGACUCAGUGAUUGAGCAUCGACUCAUGCACCAACCGGUUCAAUUCCCGG